GCUGUUAUGAGCAGGAUGGUGACGUGGUUUCCGCUCCGUCCGCCGACAUUACAACAACAAGACGGGCAGGCGGACGAGCGGAGCUGGGGCGACGGGACGACGCUCACACCGAAGUAAACAGGAAUCAAAGCACGGAGAAUCCCUGCAGAGCCGGACUCAGAGCGCCAGAUGACUCAGACGUUGUAGUGGGGGAACCUUCGUCCUCGCCAGCUUACAGCAGGAACUGCUUCCGGUGUUGCACAGAGUCCAGAAUGGAGAGAAUUUGAGAGUCGCUUCCUCCUCAGGGGAGUCCUGAGUCGUGCCGCUAAGCUCUCCUUGAGCUCAGGUUCCGCAGAGCCCGUCCUGCUCGUAAUAUGAGCCAUGGACCCCGGGGUCCUCGAUAGUCCCGUCACCCUCGUCAUCAAGGCUCCCAACCAGAAGUAUGAGGACCAGACCAUCAACUGCUUCCUCAACUGGACGGUGGAGAAGCUGAAGAGUCACAUCUCCGUCGUGUACCCCAGCAGGCCGCUGUCUGAAGACCAGCGGCUGGUGUAUUCAGGGAGGCUCCUUCAGGACCACCUGCAGCUCGGCGACGUGCUCAGAAAGCAGGAUGAGUACCACAUGAUGCAUCUCAUCUGUGCGUCUCGCAGCCCGCCGGGCUCGCCCUCGCCUCGGAGCCCCUCCGGCUCCUCUGCUCCCGGCUCCAGUAGUUCAGACAGUGCCAGCUCCGCCUCAGCCAAUCAGGACAGCCAGCCAGCCUCCUCCUCUCCCGUCCCCAGAAGCGACGACGGGCUGAGGUAUCGCGGCGCCUUCCCGCAGUACGGGCCUCAGAGCCCCGGCGCCGUGCCGCAGUGGCCGGACGCCGCCCAGGUGCCUCUGAACGGGGGCCUCCCGGCCAACGCGCCCCCCCACCCCAUGUACCUGCCGCUGCAGAUGCUGUGGUGGCAGCAGAUGUACGCGCGGCAGUACUACCUGCAGUACCAGGCGGCGGUGGCCGCCUCCCAGCCCGCCGGCGCCCGGCCGCCCUCCUCCCCCGCCCCCUCGCCGCUGCCGCCCGCCCGGCCCGACGAGGCGGCGGUGCAGGCGCCGCUGGGGCCCAACCCGGCGCCCAACCCGCUGCCGGACAACCCGCCGGCCAACCCCAUCCAGAUGAACGCGCAGGGCGGCGCCGUGCUGAACGACGACGAGCUGAACCGCGACUGGCUGGACUGGCUGUACACCGUGUCCCGGGCCGGCGUGCUGCUCAGCAUCGUCUACUUCUACUCCUCCUUCAGCCGCUUCGUCAUGGUGGUGGGCGCCAUGCUGCUGGUGUACCUGCACCAGGCCGGCUGGUUUCCCUUCAGGCCCGAGCAGCAGAACCUGAGAGCAGGAGAGCGAGCGGCGGCGGCGCCGCCCGCGGCGCCUCAGCAGGACGCAGGGAGACACCGGGACAUGCAGGAGCUGGAGCGUCUGAUGGAUGAAGGGGUGGAGGACGACGAGAGCGGCGAGGAAGGAGGCGGAGGGCAGCAGGAGCGGGCCGCCGCCAUGCCGGAGCCCGGCUUCCUCACCACCGCCUGGUCCUUCAUCAGCACCUUCUUCACCUCGCUCAUCCCCGCGGGCGACCGCAGCCGGCCAACUAGGAACCAGACCCCCCCCCCCCCCCCCCCCCCCCCCCGCCUCUCCACGACCCCCACCCCAGCCAUACGGAAACAGACUUUCAGCGAACGUUUUGAUUCUUCUUCUCAUCGAUUGGUGGAACCGCGGACUCGGAGAAACGCUGGAAGGAGCCGUCUUCCAGUUUGAGUGUUUUUGAAACUUUUUAAAUGACGGAUGUGAAAUGAAGCAGCCCGACUUCUCCCUACAGCGAUAGGGAAACGUCUCCUUAAUCCAUGAAAUGAAACAUCUUCCUGUAUUCACACACUGUGGAUACAAACAUUGCAGCUACGGAAGCACUUUGUUUUCCCAUUUUGUGUAUUUACACAUGUAAGUAUAUGCAUCUUUAAUUCCUGAAUAUUUGCUUCUUUUUAAUAAAAACCUUACUGCAGUUUGA